CCGCUGUUGUUAACGUUAGCUUAGUGUAUUUUAAAUACUGUAAAACGUAUCGGGAUCUACAUUCGUGUAUAAUAUCCGGACGCUUCUUUGUUGUUGGCUCUUGCGCCAUUGCAGCCGUUCAUGUGAUCGAAGCAGCUGAUCGUUAGAAGAGUCCUGAUCGUUAUUGAUGACUCAGGAUGGAGAUAAAGGAAAACGUGACCCGGUGGGAUGUUUUCAGUGUCCACUGCCAUUUCCAAAAUACUCCCGAAAACGUUUACGUGGCUGUCAAAUCUGCUUGUAUCCACAUGUAGGUCGGAUGAAUGUGCAACAGCCACAGUAUCUUAGUGUGAGCUGCGAUGAUUAAUCGAUUUGUUGAACGGCAGAUAAUUAAUCGGUAACAGUUUAGAUAGAUGAAGUUAUCUUUUGAGGCAUAAAUGUCCAAAAUUCACUGGUUCGAUUGUGUCAAAUAUGAACACUGUUGGUUUGAGUUUUUUUUAUAUCGUUUUGUCAGACAACACAAACAGUUUGGGCUUUAGGAAAUUCUGAUGUUGCAUUUUUCACAACUUUAGAUUCAUUUCAUUUCAACUUUAUUCAUCUGUGGAAUAGCAGUUUAAAGGUAACCACAGCAUCUCUAUAUGUUUUGAUAUAACAGCUGCACACAACACACACAGGCCUUUUAUGCAUUAGCUCGUAUCAGAAUCAGAAUCAGAAUCAGACUUUAUUGCCAAGUAAGUUUGCUCAUACAAGGAAUUUGUCUUGGUAUAUCGGUGCUAAAGAACAGUGACAAUAAAAAAAAAACUAUAUUUACAAGGAACAUAAAUAUACAUAAUUAAAAUGUAGGAAAUGUAUGAAAGACAACCUGGACUAAACCAGCUCAAGGUCCACUCACUUUCAGCCACAUCACACAGUCUUCAUCAGCAGAUGGAGUUUGUCCAGUGGUUGUUGCGUUUUGCGACGGGGACACCGGCUGAGAAAAGAAAGUCAGCAGAGCGUUCAUUCGUCAGCAUCAGGCGCUGAGGACGAAGUGAUGCCUUCAUCGCCGCUGUGACAGCAGAGAGAGAAGCAGGGCCUGAUCAUGGAAGACAGAAGGAGGUCACCAUGUGCCGAAAUCUGUCCAAAUAUGCCCUCGUCUUCCUCUUCCUAGCUUUGUCCGGACUCAUCUUCCUGUUGCGUAACAUCCACACUGUGGAGAACUGGAAUUGCCACACAAUUUCAGCCCUCUACCAGAUACAGAGCAGGAUCCAGUCAUCCUUCAUCCCAGUCGGUCUCCCUACUUUUUAUAACAACCGCACUUUCUGUGCACACCUGGGCCAAAAACCCUCCCCAGAAGAUGAACUGGAACAGCGCUACCUGUUGGACUCUAUCGCCUGGCCUGGGCCUCCGCCUCACUCUGCACCAACUGCCUUGCGCCAGACGAGCGACCCCGUGCACAGCCUGUUCGCCAUCCUUCCCACGAAAGGAGGGAGGGAGUGGCAUGUGGGCGACCAGCUGGAGGCCCUCGUCCAAAUGCAUGACUUCCAGGGUCGCCCCAAGCGCUACGGCGGGGAUUUCCUUUUGGCCAGACUGCACUCUCCGGAGCUUGGGGCAGGUGUAGCAGGUAAAGUGCUGGACCACGGGAAUGGAUUUUAUUCUGCACUGUUCCCGCUCCUCUGGGUGGGAUCUGCACAGGUUGACAUUACGUUGGUUCACUCCAGCGAGGCAGUCGCUGUGCUGCGACGCCUGAGGGAGGAGCGCCCCGAUCGGGUCUUCUUUAAAAGCCUGUUUCGCUUGGGAUUCCUGUCUGAAACCACUGUGUGUAACAUGUGCCUGCCUCCUGAUCAGCAGCCUCUGUGCAACUACACAGACCUUUACACAGGGGAGCCCUGGUACUGCUACAAGCCUAAGAUGCUCAGCUGUGACACCAGAAUCAACCACGCCAAAGGAGGCUACCUGAAACACCUCAUCACCAACAAGGAGGCAUUGCUCUUUCAGAGUGGUGUAAACAUCAAAGUUCACAUUCAUGCUUCAGGACCAGACAAAAUCAAUGUUCUGCCACCAAGGAAAGAUAAAGUAGAGGUAGAAAGCAGCAGUAUAAAACCAGAACCUAUUAAGCUAGAACCAUCUGGAUAUUACUACGGGGAUUCAUGGAGGCCGUUAGGCGGCGUUACAAUGCGACAGUUCAAUGAAUCAUCUGCCAUCACUCAGUGUUUGAAGAACAAGGUGAUCAACAUGUACGGAGACUCCACCGUCAGGCAGUGGUUCGAGUACCUCAUUGCUUUUGUACCAGAAUUGAAGGAGUUCAACCUGCACAGUCCGAAAAACGUUGGGCCGUUCAUGGCAGUGGACAGCAUUCAUAAUAUUCUCUUGAAGUACCGCUGCCAUGGCCCGCCCAUCCGAUUCUCCACCGUCAUGUCCAGCGAGUUGAGGUACAUUUCAAAUGAGCUGGACGGCCUCACUGGGGGUCCCAACACUGUGGUGGUCCUCAGCAUCUGGGCCCAUUUCAGCACCUUUCCCGUGGAGGUAUACAUAAGGAGGCUACGUCACAUUCGCCGGGCGCUGGUGCGACUCCUGGACCGCGCGCCGGGGACGCUCGUUGUGAUCCGCUCGGCCAACCUCCAAGCCUUGGACCAGGAGGUGAGCCUCUACAACAGCGACUGGUACUCCCUGCAGCUGGAUAAGGUGCUCAGGGCCAUGUUCAAAGGAAUGAGCGUUCUGCUGGUGGAUGCCUGGCAGAUGACUUCAGCACACCACCUUCCCCACGCCCUCCAUCCACCUCCAACCAUCGUCAAGAACAUGAUAGACAUGCUUCUGUCUUACAUUUGCCCAGGGAAGAAAAAGACCCAACAGAAAUAGAAGGACAGUGAUAGUGGAUCUGUUGAAGAAUAUUGAAGAGUUUAUUGUGUGAAUCCACCAAAAUAGUAUUUCAAAUCCAAACACUCACUUUUUUGUUCUGUUCUGUUUUGUUUUUAAAAAUGAAAGUGAAGCUACAUACCCUUUAAAUACUGUCUUUACUGAGAGAUUUACCAGGCUGUUAGUACUGAUCUCUGUUUACUCACCUGUUAUAUUUCAUUUUAAUCCCCACAAAACUUAUUGUUGUUUUUUUUUUUCCAGGAAUGCCAAAGACCUUGGUAACAAAAACAGAUGGUAACACAGUAACAAUCAAUAUACCAAAGUGUUUUGUGUGUGUAUGUGUGUUUAUGCAGUAUUGUUUUUAUAUUUUUGCCCAUAUUUCUUGUUGGUAUUUUGUAUUUAUUUGUUGCUUAGUUUUGCCAAAGGUGAAGACUGACUGAGUUAUUGUUUCAGAGAUAUUUCUCUGGCUGCUCAGUGUUACAAAAUGUGUUCUUUUCCAAGCCAUGUUACAACAUGUCGACUCUUGUCUCUGUUGGUAUUUAUAAUUUUUCUGUCUAUGUGAAAUAACAGUUGAUAUAGAGCUUUCCUUGGGUUGUCUGUUUGUCUCUUAUCUGUUUUGCAAACUACAUAUGUUUAUUGUAUUUGAAUGUAUCUGCACACAUACACCGGCAACACCGGCUCUUAUACCCUCAAUACUUUAAAGAUUUUUCUGUACUAGUUUGUUUUUUUCAGGUCUCUCCACAUGGUUUUAGUUCACUUUUACCUGAUGACUUCUCUAACUUAGAGAUCUGCCUCUCAGCCUUUCAGACUCACCAAGGUUGUGAAAAGGUUUUCACACAUCAAACUCUGGCAGUGGUGUGUGAACAUGAGAUUUGACCUUUACAUACAUUUCUAAUGAGUCUUUUGUAUUAACAGUUAACUUUCUAUUCUAUUAUGGAAAUCAUUUUCUUUCUGUAUUCAGUUUCAAUUCUGGGUGUUUUCUAUGAACAUUCAAGGGGUUAAUUUAAUAUGAUCACAUACUGUACAUUGUCACAUGUUCAUCAUAGACAAUGAAGAUUGGAGAAGAGAGUAAAGAAAGAGAUCAUGUGCCUUUUUGUAUCUAAUUCUCUCUGUCCCUGACAACAAUCAGACUCAGAAUAUUCAGUCAUAAGAACUGAGUUGCUGUCCUGUAUUUACUGUGUUUUGAUUUUACAACAUUGUUAAAAGGAUCAGUUUGUGACCGACAUGUGCAUCCUCAAGCUGUAGGUUGGAUCAAAAACAAUGUUGAAAUUAAUUUAAGGUAUCACCAGGAUUAUCAUAAGAUAAUGAUUCUUGAUUUUAAAUCUUAAACUCAACUGUAAACAAAACAAAUGCAGUUUCCUUGAGGCAUUUAAGAGCUAAUUGCUCACAGAAAAAAAAACACAACUGUCAUCAGUUCAUUGUUGUGUUUAGGUAAUGCUAUUGAUUGAUUUCAGACGUUUUGCCCAGCUCUUCAUCUCCCUCUGUGAAGGGCGGAUAUUGCACAUCAGCUGCUGCUCAGACUGAACAGCUGCAGCACUCAAUCAUUUUAUCUGAUUUCUCAUUUUUGAUGUUGUCAGAUUGAGAAAAAUGCUGCAUCUGUUCAGAGCUGUGCUUGACAAGCUUGUAUCACUGUUUACAUAUUAAUCAGUAUUAUACAGUAUGUUGGAAGUGGAGGGGAUUUUAAACCCACUAUAAGUCGGUAUUAAAGGCGACAUUAUGCAAAAGCAGAAUGUGCUUUCUUUCUUUGAAUUUAUAGAAAAUAUUUUAAACUAAUUUUUAUAGCUUAAAACAUCCAGGAAACAUGAUAAUUAAAGGAAUAUAGGACAGUUAGUAAACAGAUGUGGACAUGUGUGUUUUAUAUUUGUUGACAGAGCUACCCUUAUUGUGAUAUAUCUUCUAAUCUACAUGUAUAGUGCAAUGGCCUACUCACUGCCUUUAUUAUAUCAGUGGCAGCUGUGCUCAGUGACUUACCCGCUGAAUGAUGUUAAAAAUAAAAGCCACAAAAUGUUUUGUGAGUGAAACAAACAAACAAACAAAAUAUAUUGCAUUAACACUGACACUAACAUUAUUGCUUUGACACUAUAGCAGUGAUAGUCAUCAUUAAGGCAUUGUAAAUCCAGUCAAAUCAAAUAUAUACAAACAUAUACAAAUAUGGACACCUACACACAGCACCGAUAUGAUCCAUUGGCACAAAUAAAAAAAAAUCUUAAUGGGCCUGGUUCUGUGCACUGGUGCAUUGAGUUGAAACAUGAAAAGGCUUCCCCAAAGCUGAAAGUGCACACUAUCAUUAGUACAUAUAAGUACAUAUAAAUAUGUUGAUGUGGGUGCACUAGGCAGUUUACUGAAAGUUACCGUGAGAGUUUUCUGAGUGUGAAUGCUUUUAGUUAAAAAAGUUAAAAAAGACAGUAAAAGAAUUUGGAAAUAAAAUAAACACAAGGGAUAAAAAUAAAUAUGAAAAACCAGUGGUUCAAACUGAAAGAGGAUAUAACAUUACUGCAAAUCAAAAGCCAGAUUAAAAAGACACCUCUUUUGUUUCAGAUAGCUCAAGAUAUCAAUUGAGCUUGCUGCUCUAAUAUCCAGAUACAGCCUCACUGAUACUUUAAUAGGACACAAAUCUAAUUCAGUUCUAUAAGACUGUGAGAUAACACAAUCCACUCUUUGUUUUAGUUUGGAUUCUUUUUGUCUGACUUAUCUGGCGAUUUUUUCUGAGAUGAAAAAAGGAUGUUUUAAUGACCUUGUUAAAAUGAGGAUUAAAAAGUAAAAUCAAGAAGUGUCAAGAGUCAAGUCAAGAAUGCUGAAUACAGUUUUUCUCUCUUGCUGCUUUAGGUCCUCAGAUCAAAAUUGUCCUCAUUUAGCUUUAAAAAAUUUAGGACUUUUUAGGAAGUGUGUGGCUUGACAUUCAUUUUAAGCAUCAACACAAAGAGAAUUCAAAAGAAACUUUAUCUGAUGGCUGCCCUGCAUGGCUGUGUACAGGUCAGAGUAUCAGAUCAGCUGAGAACAGAACAACUUCAUGACACGUAUAUUUUUUCAGAGCAUAUUAUAACAGUGUCUGUUUCUUAGUCAGGUGGCAUUCAUAUCUUUAUCCAAACUUUGACUGAUUGCUCUGAAAGUUGGGCAGAAUAAACAGGAAAACAGGACACAGGCUCAAAUUCCCAAAAUCUCAGUUGUUUUAGCAGCUUCCUGUCAGGCUGCAUGUAAGGAGCAGAAACAACUGAAUCCACGCCAUACCAGGCGCACAUUAGAAUUCAGAAAUAACAGCCGGAGUUUGCUGCAGGGAGCAGUAAGCAAAGCAGAACGUUAGCCUCAAGAAAUAAUAAAACAAAACUGUAUAUUAACCACCAGAGAACUGUAGUUUUGGAAUCAAGAUGUAAAACUGUCAAAUAAAUGAAAAUUGAUAAAAUGAAAUAACUCACUCAUAUUUUAUUACCAAUUUUAUUGAAAAAGUUUUAUUUUCCCUUUAAAAACAGGCAUAUCUCUCAGUACUAAAGCUUGCUGGGCAUCAUGUUCUCUAGAAGUAAAAGAUAAGAUACAGUUCAUCAGUAACUUUGGCAAAAAAAAAACAAAAAAACAAAACAA